CGGCGCGGUCCCGCCGGCGGCGGCUAGGCCGAUGCUCGCCCGGCGGCCGCGGGACCCGCUGCAGGCGCUGAGGCGCCGCGGGCAGGAGCUGAAGCUGCAGGUUGAUAGUUUGGUGACUGAAAGCCAACUAACAGGUGCUCUGGAACCAAGUAAAAGGAGAGAUAUUUACCAAAGAUGUAUCCAGUUAAAACAGGCAGUAGAUGAAAAUAAAAACACCCUUCAAAAAUUAAACAAAGCUGAUGAAGCUGCACCUGUGGGGAACUAUGAGCAGAGGAAGGAGGAGGAACACAGCCUUCUAGAGAAGCUAGCCUGCCAGCUGCAGGAGCUUGCCGUGAGCAUCAGCAGGAAAGACGCUCUCAAAGUUGAGGCACACAGUGACAAGGAGGAAGAUGACACGACUGAAGAUGAUGAAGAAACUGAAGAAACUGGUGGAGAGGAAGAAGAGUCAGAAGGGGAUGGGGACGGAAAGCAAGAACAAGCCUCCCCGAAACAAGCAGAAACAGAAACUGUCACAUAUAUUGCUCUUGGGGACUUCGCUGCUCAGCAGACUGGGGACUUGACCUUUAAGAAAGGGGACAUUCUCCAUAUAAUUGAAAAGAAGCCUGAUGGUUGGUGGCUGGCUAAGGAUGCUGAAGGAGUUGAGGGUCUCAUUCCCAGGACCUACUUGGAGCCCUAUAAUAAAGAAGACAAGCUGGAGUCAAGUGAAGGCAGCGAGGAGGGCGGUGAGGAGGACGUGGAGGUAGUGGAUGAAACUGCAGAUGGAGCCCAGGUGAAGCAGAGAACUGAUUCCCACUGGAGUGCUGUGCGAAAAGCUAUCUCAGAGCAGAUAAAUACUGUUGAUGUGUUAGCCACGAUGGGAGCCAUUCCUGCAGGAUUCCGGCCUUCCACGCUCUCCCAGCUGCUGGAUGAAGCAGGGAACCAGUUUCGAGCAAGUUACUUCUUGCAGCCAGAGCUCACGACAUCGCAGCUGGCCUUCAGAGAUCUAACAUGGGAUGCUAAGGCAGGCACGAUCAUGUCGAGACCAAGCCGUGUUUCAUUGAUUCUGACCCUAUGGAGCUGUAAAAUGAUCCCUCUCCCAGGAACAAGCAUACAGGUUCUCAGCAGACACAUCCGCCUCUGCCUGUUUGACGGCAGCAAGGUCCUGAGUAAUAUCCAUACAGUCCGAGCCGUGUGGCAGCCUAAGAAGCCAAAAACAUGGACCUUCUCUCCUCAGGUCACUGGCAUCUUGCCAUGCUUGCUCGAUGGUGACUGUUUUAUCAGGUCCAAUUCUUCAACUCCAGACCUUGGGAUAUUAUUUGAACUUGGAAUUUCGUAUAUUCGCAAUUCAACUGGUGAGAGAGGAGAGUUAAGCUGUGGCUGGGUGUUUCUUAAGCUUUUCGAUGCCAGUGGAGUUCCUAUUCCAGCAAAAACAUAUGAACUCUUCUUGAAUGGCGGCACUCCUUACGAAAAAGGUGUUGAAGUGGACCCUUCAGUGUCCAGAAGAGCACAGGGCAGUGUUUUCCGUCAGAUGAUAAGCAUGCGCAGGCAGCCUCAACUUCUGGUGAAACUUCGGUCUCUGAACAGGAGGUCCAGGGCCAUGCUCAGUCUGCUGCCAGAAACCCUGGUGGGGAGUAUGUGCUCUGCUCACUUACUGAUAUUUUACCGACAAAUUCUUGGAGAUGUGCUCCUGAGAGAUAGGACAAGCCUGCAAAGUGCCGAUUUAAUCAGUCAUCCCGUGCUGGCCACCUUCCCUCUGCUCCUGGAGCAGCCCGACGUGAUGGAUGCUCUCAGGAGUUCCUGGGCUGAGAAAGAAAGCACACUAAAGCGAGCAGAGAAGAGAGACAAAGAGCUCCUAAAGGCCGAGUUCCUCCUGGUCUACCAUGACUGUGUGCUCCCUCUUCUGCACUCAACACUGCUGCCCCCCUUUAGGUGGGCUGAGGAAGAGACAGAGGCUGCAAGAUGGAAAGCCAUUGCUGACUUCCUCAAGCAGAGCCGGGAGAACGAGGGUUCCCUGAAGGCUCUGCUGUCACCAGAUGGAGUUCACAAACCAUUUGACCUUUCAGAGCAGACCUAUGACUUCUUGGGUGAAAUAAGAAAGAACUCAGGCUAAUGGCGGGCAUGCUCCGAUUCCCACUGGACCCAGGGAGCUUCCAGGAAGACUUGCCUCAAACAACUGAGCCAAAGACAGACUGGUUAGAACGUAGUCAUAUGCUUUUGUGUGCAAAUAAUAUUUUCAAAGAACUAAUAAUUUGAUUGAGUGUAAAACAAUAAAAUAAAUUUUAUAAGGAA